GUCCCUUCUCUGCUUUUAAGGACUCAUUGGCACCUAGAAGCAGAGCAGUGCCCUUCCUGGUACUUUGCCUGAUGAAUCUCCACCCAUCAUGGAAGCCCUGGAACAAGUACUCACUGUGCUGCCUCCUAACCCUGGGACCUGGAAGGAAAUGAGGAGCCCAGAGGACAGAUCUGCUGAGGGUACUGGCCCCCCCUUGCUGAGCUGGGACCACCUCUGCACCCCUGGCCCAAAAAUCAACCAGGGAGUGCCCCUGACCUGGAGCUGCUCCCGGGCUGGGCUACCCCAUCUCUGGCCUGUGAGGCACCGGGUGACACAGGAGUGUGACACAGGAGUGUGACAAGCCCCUCACCAUCAAUGGAGCCUCAACCACUGUGUCUCUUCUACUGCCUGCCCAAGGAAGGACCACAGAGGAACAAGCAGCCGGGGCACGGCUAAGCAGGUCACAAGUGCCAAGAGGGAAGUGAGUCACUCACCUGGGAGCCAGCACAUCAUCCUCUUUCCUGUCAGAGCCUCCUCCCAGGCAGGAGCACACACGCAGCUCGGCCCUGCUGGUCUCUCCACUUGCAGCAAGGACCUGGUGGGCUGGUGUCUGUGACUGAGCUGGAGCAGGUGCUCUGUGACCCCAAGGGGUUCCACUCUGCUCAAGGAGCUUCCAAAUACCUUGGCCACCCUGUGCUGUGGUGCCAGUUGUGGUGUCCAUGGAGUUCUCGUUGUCUUGGAGCUCUCCCUGAGAGGGGUUCAGAGCAGCAGGACAUGGACUGUCCUGCAGGUCGCAGAGCACUUGCACAUCUCCAGCCUGGCUGGAGCUCACCCAGGGAUCCUGGGGGCUGCCUGGCACCUGGAUGCACACCUUCAGAGCACUAUGCUGAAUUGCAUGCCAGGUAUUUCCCUUUGUAGUGGCCCUGGGAAAAGCCAUCUGCACCCUCUGGAGAAGAGCCAGGGAAGAGCCAAUCCAAGCAAAGAAGUCCAGACUGGUGCUGGGGCUUUGCCUGCCCCUGGCUGGAGACAUCCAGGCACUGGCACAGACAGUGGAUGGAUUCUGGAAUGGAGAUGGCUGCCCAAAACCUUGGGACUCCUGAGGCCAGCUGAUGUCACACAUUUCCUCUGCUCUAGUGACUCUGCAGUCAUGUUACAGUUGCUCCCAUUCUGGUGCCCUGUUCUUAAGAGCUGCCAGUGCGGAGAUUCUCCAGUCCCAGGGCAGGGAAAAUAACAUCUGGGAGACAACCAAGCAACCUCAGUGAACCCCUCACUACUAUUGAGGCUGAAGAUGGACAUAUUGUGCUGAUUUUUUUCAACUCUGGUAAGAAGAAAAGCUGUGGCAGGAAACUGAACUUCAGUGGCCACUGAACACCAUGAUGUCUGGAAAAGGCAAAGGAGGUGCAGAAGGCAGUACUGAUUUCUACAUUUCAUGCCACAUAGACUCUGAGUUUCGCUACAGCCUCUUCACUGUUUUCUACAGCAUUAUCUUCAUUCUAGGCUUUGUUGCCAACUGCUAUGUUCUCUGGAUUUUCAGCCAUAUUUACCCCACCAAGAAACUCAAUGAAAUCAAGAUAUUCAUGGUGAACCUCACAGUAGCUGACUUGCUCUUCUUAAUUACGAUGCCAAUGUGGAUUGUUUACUACCACCACCAUGGAGACUGGAUCAUGCCUGACUUCCUCUGUAACGUGGCUGGCUGUUUAUUUUUUGUUAAUACCUACACUUCUGUUGCCUUCCUGAUGGUCAUCACAUACAACCGUUACCAAGCUGUGACUAAUCCUAUUAAAGCUGCUCAGCUGACCACCCAGAGAAGAGGUAUCUACCUAUCAGCAGCUAUCUGGAUCAUAAUAGUGGGCAGCUCUUUGUAUUACCUUUUUGACAAUAAUACUAAUCAGGAAGAGGUCGGAUCCAGGAAUUUCACGCGGUGCUUUGAGCGCUAUGACACCACGAGUGGUGUUUCAGCUGUUCUCGCCAUUCAUGUCAUCAUCUGCAUCCUCUUCUAUAUCAUUUUCCUUUUAAUACUAGGUUGGAACGUUGUCAUUAUCAGGACCCUGUUCUCCAAGUCAGUGCAUCCACAGAAAAGCGCUCACGUCAAGCAAAGGGCCCUCUGGAUGGUGUGCACAGUGCUGUCUGUGUUCAUCAUAAGCUUUGUGCCCCAUCACAUUGUGCACCUGCCCUGGACUCUGACUGUUCUGGAGCAGUGGAAGAAGGAGAACUGUCAGCUGCGCCAACAGCUCAACGAUGCUCACCAGGUGACUUUGUGCCUCUUGAGUACGAACUGUGUGUUGGACCCGAUCAUCUACUGCUUCCUCACCAAGAAGUUUCAGAAGCAUGUUUCAGAAAACCUGAAAAGCAUGAAAGGGAGUCGCAAAUGCUCCAGGCAAACAACUGAUACGAUGAUUGAGGGCACCAUUCACCAAGAGGAUGCCAUUAGGAUCUGUUAGGGCCACUCAGUGUUUUCUGGUUGCACAUGGAGAGGUGUGAAUUAUUCACUCAUCUUUUCUCAAGAAGAGGCACCAGGACACAAUGGAGGACCAGGAUUUUCUUUUUCCCAUUAGACAGAAGAAUGGACACUCAUUUCUUCUGUCACAUGCAAAGGGCAGAACUGGAACCUGCAGUAAUCUGGCAGCAAAGCUCCUUCUGUCCAGGCUGGUGUUCUCAUGGGCAUUGAGAACAGCUCAGAUGACUGCUUUACAUGAAAGAAGUGUGUCCCUGAGCCUCUGCAGUGAGCAGCUAGAAGCUGAGUGUGCCAAAAUUACCCAUUGUGUCAGUCCAGAUAGCACCAUCCCUGCUCCUCUGUCUGCCCAGCUCUCGCCAUGGAUCCAGUAUCAGAGCUGUAAGGGACUUCUAAAAGACCUGGAAGAACAGACUGAGCUCUGAGUAUCAUCGAGUGGCUCUUCUAAGCAGCUUACAUGGUCUGGUGAAGAGAGUCUGAGCUAAUGAAGCUCUUGAGUGGCUGUAAGGGACAUAGUCCACAGAAUUCCUCAACUGCUGUCAAAGAGAUCUGCACCUCCGAUCCCUUCAUUCCUUCUUAGUGACUCACGUGGUCUGCUGGGAUCCAAACUUCACAGAUGUCUGGGAAUAGCUAUUAUGAAUCUUUGCUUCCAGAUCUUGGGUCAGUAAAGCAGGGAAGGAAAGGAAGAGAAAUUGGCAGUCCCGCAGCACACCUCCCCCCGUCCCUCCACCAGAUCAGCAUUAUUGCCAAAGGGCACUAUGGUCUGCCCUGGCUUCCUGUGUGAAAGCAGAACUGGCCAGCCAGUGGCUUCAUGCACUCAGUUUAGUAAUUUCUGGCUGACUGCAUGUGUCUGCAGACACCCAGUCUUGCUCAGGAGGCUCCAGAUAACAGAGGGCUACUGCAGUAUGGGCAUUAUGAUAAGGAAAAAAAGCUUAAAAUGCUUCUGUAUCUUUGUACUUAUUUAUUUAAUUUAGGAUUAUAGCCAUUAGCAUUUUUUUUUCCUCCAUCCUUUCAAAGCUGACCAGUUCUUGAUCUACAGCAAGUGAAGUGUUAGGUCAGGACACUUGACAAAUAAUUCACACACUCCAACAGCACAGGAGGCCCCUUGCCCAGGGCCAGAUGCAGUCCACUGGGGCCCAGGGCAAAGUGGUUUUCCAUGGGUUCUGAGUUCUGUUCCCAGUCAUGAGACACUUGGGGUUCCUUUUCUGACCCAAAUUGCUCAAUCUAGCACAGGAAAUUGGGCAGGGAAGGGAACUUACUUGUUUUCACAACAGUUGUUGGUUCCCUGAAUGUCCUAGUCUGUUGAUGACAGGAAGAGUGUAUCUGACCUGUGACACCAAUUAUUCAUGUGCAGGACAGCAGCUCUCCCACACCUGCCCAAGAACAGGAGAGAUAAGCUCAAGCCUUUCCAAAGACAGGACCAAUAUUUGUACUGCUUUGCCUGUACCCAGAGGAGAUACGGGUCCUUCAGAUGUAUCCUCUGGAGCUCCGCGGGCAGCUUUUGUCCUUAUUUGUUCCAGUAAGGAAAAGAACUAAGAUGUUUAUUUUUCUAAGGCCAUUGCCAGGGCCAGCGCUGCACUCCAGGCCCAGUGCCAGAGGAAAGAGUCUGAUCACAGUAAGAGUGCAUCUCCCUCCUAGUCCUGGGCUCUGCUCCAGUGAUGGCCACUCACAGCAAACACGUGCCAGCACCUCAUGCUCCUCAGACAUGCUCAAAGAUGCACCCUGCAUCUGCAGAGACACAGCACACAGGAAGGGAGCAAUUCCUGUAAUUUAAAAACCAGAAUCUGCCUCUGUUUUUGCACUGUUCUGUUGGCACAUUCUGGAUGAGGAGCUCACGCAGCUGGCAGAGGGGGGUACCUGCUUUCCCCCCUUGGCUCCCAGCAAUAGUGGAGCUCUCAUUUUACAGACCCUAAAGCCCUGAGAGAUGGAGUUUGGCAGCUCUUGGAGGAAAUGGAAAAGACUUUUACAUGGAAAGCUGGCAUGAUCUCCCACCUGUUCUUGGAAAGCUUGCAAGAGUUUACAGUUUAGCUCUUUACCAUGGGUACAUAACAGGCUUUAUUCCACAGCAAGCACUGCGGGCUCAGGGUACAAACAUAAACUUGCAUCUGAGGAAAAGGAUAAGCCCCAAGGCCACUUCAGGAGAUGUUAUGCUAAUUAGUCAGUAAAAAUGCAUUUCUAAAAAACAGGCUGCGCUGCUACUUCUGUUCCUGGAAAUACUUUCUUGUUCUUACUGCAAUGUUGCAUUACUCUGCUUUACCUUGCAAUGAAAUUGAUCCUGGAAAGUUCUUUUCAAUAAAGUGUGUUCCCUGUGUGUUUUGCCCUUUAA